AUCUCGAUGUUGCCCUGAGGCAUUUUGCUGGCAAACUGGUGCUGUUGAAAAGUGGGGGCGGUGAAUGUAUUGCGCCUGGCGGCCCAUCGACUUAUCGGCGGUGAAUGCAUGGCGCCUGGCGGCCCAUCGACUUAUCGGCGGUGAAUGCAUGGCGCCUGGCGGCCCAUCGACUUAUCGGCGGUGAAUGCAUUGCCGCUGGCGGCCCAUCGACUUAUCGGUGCUGAAUGCGUUGCGCCUGGCGACCCAUCGAUUGGUGAGCCUGGAGGAGUGAUCGGCAACAUGGCCGGGAGCAGGCUGGAGAGGUUCGGCAGCGUCUUCACAAGAGUCCGAGACCUGUUGCGCUCUGGUGUGCUGAAGGAGUCUGAGACACCUAUCUGGUAUGAAGUAUAUGCUACAUUCCCUCCGAAACGUGAACCUGUCUACCGGAAACCAAGAGAAAGACUUGGAAAAGUCCAAGACCCAGUUCAGGAGAUAUUCUACCAAGAAGAUGUGAUUCGAGCGAAAUUCUACGAGGUGUAUGGAAAUGGGCCAAGAGCUUUUGACCUCGCAAGAUCCAACUUUGUCUCCACCUGCCAAAGGUUUGUGGAGAAGUACCAAGAUCUGGAGGCACAAGGCGAGACCGAUGAAGAGAAGCUUUUCGAAGGAGCCAGUAGGGCUCUGCUGGCGGAGGGCACCUUCUUACGGAGGUGGGCUGGCACCAAGAUUUCAUCAAAGAGCUUGCUAAGUAAUGUUCUCCCAGAGACGGUGCCACAAGAUUCUGCGUUGGAUGGGAAGCUGCAGGAUAUGCCCAAGGAUGUGCAAGAGGAGGAAACAGAGACCAGCCACCCGCAGUGACAGGAGCCCUUGCCCUGUUUCCACUUGUGUACUGUGGACUCACUCACUUCCAGGGCCUGAGCCCUGAACACCAACGCGACCCAUCGAAGACGUGUUCAAGGUCAGAAUCUGACUGUAAGCACCUGGUACAAUCUGAGGCAUGCAAACCUGCUGCCCAAAGCCAGUGUCCUGAAACAGCUUGUCUCCACGGACCUGCUGGGUUCCUCCAGCUCUUGGGUUUUCUGGCUGCAGGCUCCAGCAUCUUUUAUCUGCUGAAAUAUGAUCAAUUACGUGAAAAAGUAUCACCAAACUUCAUCCUGUAUUUUUUUUGUUGAAAUUGAGCUUGAGUAAGCACAAAGGAAAAUGGUUUAAGCAACUGUCGUUGUGCUUGCCAAUGAAAAUACAGCUGUUCCAUCAAAAUAAACUUUGUAAUUUAACAUAUUUACAAGAAUAAACAGCUCAAUGUUUUUUUUCCUGGUUAA